AUGUCAAACCUUAUAUCCAACGCUGUUAAUCUCAUCCGCAACCAGACCACGGGUGCUGUUAAAGAUAUUUCGGAAAACGACAUCUAUAGAUGUACCAUGGCAGCUAAGGAUUUUUACCCCUGGUUCAUUCAUGAAGAACGCCGCACUUCAUGCACAUUUUACUAUCGUACCAGUGGCAACGCGUUUAAAAAAACAAAGACUUCUUUCGGUUGCAAGGAUGGCGAUGAAUUGGAAACCGUGCGUGUAGAGGCUGGUGGUAAGAGAGGCCCUGAUCCAACCACCAAUUACAAUGGGAUUUUUUUGUGCAGCCGUAAUGGCGAGCCUACCGGCAAGAAUAACCUCCCAUGCAACUGCCCUGUGGUGAUUAAGGCGAAAUGUUUGGAGUCAUCACCCGAUGUCGUACACAUCGAGUAUAGAUGGAGACAUGAAAACCAUAUCCCAGGAUCAGUAGAAGAUCUCAAGAAGGCUCCUAUUAGUCGUCAGGCGCGUGAAAUGAUUCACAAUAUGGUUGACCAAAACAUGAACUCGGCCAGUAUUCAAAAUGUCCUUCGUGUUGAUCACAAGUCCUUAAAGGAUAUUAUGGCUGGUGACGGUGAUGGUAUCCCUGCCAUCCUGCGUAUUGGUUACCAGCAAGUUUAUUACGCUAUGCGUUCAUGCAUGGAUAAACAUGCUAAAUUCAACAAGAGCGAUCUAAAGGCAAGCCUUGGGCAGUGGGGUGACAAGAUUGCUAACGACGAUGGGUAUUCCACAUACCAUUCUAUGGAUGAUAUCCAGGAAGGCAUGUUCUUAUUUGCCUUUAUGUCAUCAUGGCAGCUUCAGCGACUAAAAGAAGAUGGUGCAAUCGUGUGUAUGGACGCCACCCAUAAAACUUGA